GCUCGCGGAGGAGCCAGCAGCCUGGGGCCCAGGCCAGGGUCACCAUGGCACUGCCUCCAGCCGCCGUGACCCUCCCGAACGCCCUGCUGCUCUUGCCGGCCCUUCUGAGCUCAGGAUGGGGGGAGCUGGCACCACAAAUUGAUGGGCAGACCUGGGCCGAGCGGGCACUAAGGGAGAACGAGCGCCACGCUUUCACCUGCCGGGUGGCCAGGGGGCCUGGUGCCCCCCACCUUGCCUGGUACCUAGAUGGACAACUGCAGGAGGCCAGCACCUCCAGACUGCUGAACGUGGGAGGGGAUGCCUUCUCGGGAGGCACCAGCACCUUCACUGUCACUGCCCAGCGGGCCCAGAGGGAGCUCAACUGUUCCCUGAAGGACCAGGGCACUGGCCGGUCAGCCAACGCCUCUGUCAUCCUCAAUGUGCAAUUUAAACCGGAGAUCGCCCAGGUCGGGGCCAGGUACCAGGAAGCUCAGGACCCAGGCCUCCUGGUUGUCCUUUUCGCCCUGGUGCGUGCCAACCCUCCUGCCAAUGUUACCUGGAUUGACCAGGACGGGCCAGUAACUGUCAAUACCUCUGACUUCCUGGUGCUGGACGCCCAGAACUACCCAUGGCUCACCAACCACACAGUGCAGCUGCAGCUCCGCAGCCUGCCACACAACCUCUCGGUGGUGGCCACCAACGAUGUGGGUGUCACCAGCGCCUCCCUUCCAGCCCCAGGGCUCCUGGCCACUCGGGUGGAAGUGCCUCUGCUGGGCAUCGUGGUGGCUGCAGGACUGGCCCUGGGCACCCUGGUGGGGUUCAGCACCCUGGUUGCCUGCCUGGUCUGUCGGAAAGAGAAGAAAACCAAAGGCCCCUCCCGGCGACCAUCUCUGAUCUCCAGCGACUCUAACAACCUGAAGGUCAACAAUGUGCGCCUGCCGAGGGAGAACAUGUCCCUCCCGUCCAACCUGCAGCUCAACGACCUCACUUCGGAUGCCAGAGCAGGGAAACCGGCAGAGCGGCAGAUGGCUCCAAACAACAGCCAGCCAGAGCUGCUGGACCAGGAACCCGGCGGCCUUCUCACCAGCCGAGGCUUCAUCCGGCUCCCGAUGCUGGGCUACAUCUACCGGGUGUCCAGUGUGAGCAGUGACGAGAUCUGGCUGUGAGUGGACGGGCAGGCAUGGGGGCCCUCUUGGCCCCCAGGCACCCUCCCGCUCUGGCUCCAGGGCACCCUCUGCCUGGCCUUGUUGCCCCUGAGGCUUGCCUCCCUGGCAGGGAUGCCCUCUGUGUCAGCCAGAGCGAGCUUCCCUGGGCUCAGGCCCUCUGGUGUCCUUUGUGAGCCCUUCAGUCUAACCCAGGUCGGCCUUUGCAGGGGAAGUGUGUGCCCUGGCAUGCAGAGCUCAGCAUCACCCAGUAUCUAUGUGUGGCAGAGCCUUGUUGGCUUGGGCCUGCUCUGUGCCCCUUGUCUCAUAGGCACAGGGACAUGCCUGGUCGGGGACAGGGCGGGCCCUGCACGCGUGGAUUUUCACCCCUUGCUCCGCAGCUUCCCUCCCUCAGGGAAAACACCGGGCCCUGCUAGCUGUAGAAUGACUGUUUUUGCACAGGAGCCAAGCCCUGGCCCAGGGGCACCGGCCACGCACAAACUAGUCCCUUUUGCUGCAUACCUCUGUGUCCCCCACCCCCGUCUCUUGGGCAUCAUAGAUGAUAUACUGGACCUUCUCCACCUCGUCACCGGAUACCCCAGCACCUGGGGUGAGCACACUUCCGGGAAGAGAAGCAGGCAGGAAGGGAGGCGAGUCUGGCGGUACCCAGCCUGGGGCUCUGCAUCCCUUUCUUACAGAACUAGCACUUUAAGCACAUCCCCUGGGGAGGGAGUGACAAGGACCCCAGGACCCUCUUUGUGAGUCCCCCAAGUCUGGCCUUCUGAUGAUUCACUGUGAGUUCCCUGAGCCUCAGGUCGUUGGCUCCCUUCUCGACAUGUCCCCCUCCCACAGGGCUCCAGCCCUGACCACCUCUUACCUGCCCCGUUCUGUGCUCUAGAGGUGGUCAGGGGGAGGGGAGGAGGGCACAGUGUGCCCAGGGGGAUGUGGAGAAAAGGGGGGAGUCCUUGUACUCCCAAAGGACUUUAAAAGGAAACAUGCACAUGACUGCAAAUUAGCACAGGGCCAGGUGUGAUUUCCCUUAUUGAUAACCUGCCUGGCAAUUUCCUCGUGUUACUGCCUCAGACCGUGCAGAGCACACGGGAACAUCAAUAAACUCCACUGCCUGGA